AGAAAUUGCAUUUCUCCGAGGCCAAAAGGUCCAAACUCCAAAGAAUCAAGCACGUUGACUCAAAAAGCCAGAAAAUAAGGGAGCGAGAGGAAGAAGAAGAAGAAGAAGCCUAAUAAUUUGCUAGAUGGAAAGAGUCGUCGAGUCAGACUCUGGUUCUGGAGAAUCCGAUGUAGUACUGAGUCUUGACUCCAUCAGGGAAUCGUUGAUUAGGCAAGAAGACACCAUCGUCUUCAGCUUCAUCGAGAGAGCUAAGUUUCCGCUCAAUUCCCCUGCUUUUGAGGAUUCUCGUUGUCUACAUUCUGGAAAUUCCUCUUCUCUCACCGAGUUCUUCGUCAGAGAGAUUGAAAUCAUCCAAGCCAAGGUAGGACGAUACGAAAAUCCAGAAGAGAAUCCUUUCUUCCUUGACAACAUUCCUCCGUCGGUUUUUCCUACCCGCAAAUAUCCACCGGCUCUGCACCCUAAGGCUUUAUCUGUUAACAUAAACCAGCGUAUUUGGGAUAUUUACUUUAAAGAACUGCUUCCUUUGUUUGUCAAACCUGGUGAUGAUGGCAACUAUGUGUCAACUGCUGCUAGUGAUCUAGCGUGUUUACAAGCUCUUUCGAGAAGGAUUCACUACGGUAAAUUUGUUGCUGAGGUCAAGUUCAGAGACGCUCCACAAGAUUACGAGCCUGCGAUCCGCGCUAAGGAUACAGAGGCUUUGAUGAAGCUUUUGACGUUUGAGAAAGUAGAAGAAAUGGUUAAGAAGAGAGUCCAGAAGAAAGCAGAAACGUUUGGACAAGAUGUAAAGUGCAUCUCUGGUGAUGAUAAGAGUUACAAAGUGGAUCCGUUGAUCGUCUCUCGCAUCUAUGGAGAAUGGCUUAUCCCUCUCACUAAGCUCGUCGAGGUUGAGUAUCUUCUACGUCGUCUCGAUUGACCUCAAACAAGAUUGUCUUGUCCACAAACUUCUUUGGACAAUUGAUUUUACAUUGACUAUCCACAUUAUCGUGUUAUAUAGAUGAUAUUUACCAAAAGAAAUAAAAUUAUUCUUAUGUACACAAA